AUGAGAGAGGUCAAUUUCAGCAUCCCCAACGUCAACAAGGCGUCAGUGGGGAUUACUACAGCCUUAUACGAUCGCCGAGCGCUCGACUGCACUUCCACUUUACCUCUUAUCAACUCCCUCAACCAUCUUGCCUAUCUCACAACAUCUUCGGCACGUAUUCGCGAUAUUUUGACUGUCGAUGGAGGAAUUGAACGUUUGGUGUGUAUUCUCAAGCAAGGACGGAAUGGCGAUAUGAUGAGCAUUUGGAAGUGGAAUCUCGCCUUCCAAUGCGUUGUCAACAUCGGCGUCCGAGGAACAGAGAAUGUGCGGACUCGGGUGGUGGAGGCAGACAUGGUCCCUGUCAUAGCCACGAUCCUCGAUAACUAUAUCAAAGUCAUAGAACGAUGUCGCGAAAAAGCGGAUGAACUAAAACAAAAACAGUCGCACGACCAUCAUCACAGGCACAGGAAUCAUGAUCACCGGCACUCAUCAAAAGUUUCUCCUUCAUCCCACACCGGCCGUUCCACAAUUCACGAUGGAGAACCACGAAAUGCUUCACGACGGGAAUCGUCAUCAACUCCUGAUGCGUCAGAGGCUCUGGCUGGACCAUCCGUCACUUCAACCGGGCAGGGUGUCAAUGAUGCAACCUCAGCAUCUUCACAUAUCUAUACCAAUACAGAUGGGCCGAUUCUGGCACCAAAUCACCUUGCCACUAGUUCUCAUGCGACGGAUGCGCCAUAUGCCACCACAACGCGCCAAGACACCCACACUCCAGCUCCCGGGCCCCCGAUUGCGGAUAAUCAGGAUGGAUUCGCGCGAGUCUUGCGUGAUGUAGACCGCUUAACAUCCAUAUCUACUUUUGGAGCUACUGGCCUGAUGACUCAACCUAUGUCACCGACAACUCCUGUUCCCUUACUUCAGCUGCGACCACCGACAGUGCGAUCUGCAACAAACUUGGAUGUUACAGUCGGUCGGUCACGAAGGCGGCCGUCAAUUAGACAUCAGAAUUCAACAGCCGAAUCCGACGAUUUCAAUGGUGAUAGUAUGCCCUCUGACGAGGCUCCAGAGACGGAAAUGACGGGAGCUGCGGAGAUACAGUCCGCUGUGGGAAUCCAAGAUAUCACAAUGGACGACAACGAGGCUAUCCUAACAGGAGACUCACUCGACCUAACUAAUCCUACUGCGUCCGAGGCCCACCAAGAUGCCGAGACUUUCAACAUUGCUCACCGUUCAAAUCUUGAUGGGAGCAUCAGAGAUGAUAUAACACAUACCCCGGUUGCACCAGUUGGCCUUUCUCCGAGCCGUCCAACCUUAGUUGCUACGCCACACCCGCCAACUCCGAGUUCUGCCAUCCCUCGAUAUUUGCUCGAUCGACACCUCAUACCGCAUCCGCAAUUACUAUCCGCAAUGCCACGCGAAGAAGAUGUGCUCAUGUCUCUGCAGUUAUUGGCGUAUGUCUCUAAGUAUUGCUGUUUGCGUACAUACUUUCAGAAAAGCCAUAUUGUACCAACUCUUGCAAUCGCCAAGGAUCUCCUUGCCCUGGAUACAGAAGAGGGAGGGGGGGAAGAGGAGGUGGCUCCCUCUUCUGCUGGCAACGAGACCGACAUAGAGGACGAAUACCUGCUCGAGGAUGACUUCAACUUAUUUCCUUUGGUCGAAAAGUUUACUGUCAGGUACCACAGCACGGACAUGCAAUAUUGGGCAGGGGUGGUGAUGCGCAACCUAUGUCGAAAAGAUGACACGCGGGGGGGAAUUCGACAGUGCGCAUACUAUCAAUGUGGCAAAUGGGAGGAAUUCACCCGUCAGUUCGCCAAAUGCCGUCGCUGCCGUCGAACAAAGUACUGCAGUAAGGACUGCCAAAAGAGCGCCUGGGCUUUUCAUCGUCAUUGGUGCGUGGCUGCAACGCAGUGA